UUAACCCACCAUUUCUGAUGAUGACUGAGGCCGAGGCAUAGCUCUGAAGGCACUAAUGGCGUUCCAUAGUUCAAUAGGGGCUUCACCUUCUUUCUGCCUCCACGUAGUUGAUCAAUUAUAUAUGAAGCCUAAAUAACAAAACCCAGCGAGUUGUUUAAUGUUAUCAUGCAACCUCACUAAUCGAUCUGCAUUUUCUAACGGCGUGAUGCAAAACCAAAACAAAUGGAUCAAUAGUUAAUACCUCCAGGUUUGAUGAAAUAGUUCUGUGUACAAAUAGGCCUAUUAUCGAUAUGGAAUCACCUAUCAAACCAGGUUGCACUUCAACAUCACCUGUGAUUAAAACUAUUGAAAUGCAUACAGGCGGUGAACCCCUUCGUGUGAUCAUAUCAGGAUAUCCUGAGAUACUCGGUGACACCAUACUACAAAAGAGACAAUAUGUGAAGGAGAAUCUUGAUCAUUUACGCAAGAUGCUCAUGUUUGAGCCACGAGGUCACUAUGACAUGUACGGAGCUCUGCUAGUCGACUCAGACCUCCCAGAAGCUGAUAUCGCUGUAUUAUUCUUACACAAUGAAGGUUACAGCACUAUGUGCGGGCACGCCAUAGUCUCUCUUGGGCGAUUAGCCAUUGAUAAAAUGUAUGUCCCACCAACAGAGCCCGAAACAGAAGUGAACAUUCAGUGUCCGUGUGGACUAGUCAAAACUUUUGUUGAGUACAAGAAUGGUAAAUCUGGAGGUGUACGAUUUCAUAGUGUACCAGCAUUCUUGUUUGCUUCAGGUAUUGAGGUAGAAGUUGAUGGCUUUGGGAAGAUCAAGGUAGAUAUAAGCUAUGGUGGUGCAUUCUAUGCAUUUGUGUGUGCGGAUGUAUUUGGGUUAGAUGUUAGAAGCUCUCCUACAAGUAGCCUCAAGGAUGUAGCAACAGCAGUCUCGAACGCUGUCAGAAAACGAGUGAAACUCCAUCAUCCCGAUGAUAGUGACCUGGAAUUUCUGUACGGUACCAUCUUAACGGACGGUCAGGACAAGUGGUCUGGUGAACCGACGGCUAACAUCUGUGUUUUUGCCAAUGCUCAGGUUGAUAGGUGUCCAACAGGAUCUGGUGUUACAGCAAGAAUAGCUUUGCAGCAUGCUAAAAGUCUUAUACAACUGGGCCAGAAAAGAUUGUUUGAAAGUGGAGCGAACAAAACAUUGUUUACAGGAAUGGCCGUCAAACAAACAAAAUGUGGAGACUUUGAUGCGGUAGUGGUUGAGGUUGCAGGGCAUGGGUACUACACUGGCGAAGCCAGUUUCAUGCUAGAGGAGGAGGAUGUUGUUGGAAAAGGAUUCUUACUACGUUAGGCAAAUUUCACUGCAAACUUCUUACAGAUAAUUUUUUUAAAGAAGUAAAUACUGUACCAAUUAUAAUACAUUUUAUAUAUUAAAUCUAAAACCUAAAUGUAGAAGUUAGUAUAGCAUUGUUUGCCAAAGUGCAAAGCUGUACUGAUAUUCUGUUUGGAAUAGAGUGUUUCUACUGUAAGACACUGACAUUAAAUAUUGUGGUUGGAUUUCCAGAUACCCAUGUAACUCUUGAGUUACAGGAGAUUCAAUGCAGAUUCAUCAUCGAAUUUGAGAUAUUAUUGAAGCACUAAGUACUUUCAAGCAUACGUAUAUUCUAUAUAUUAAAUCUAAUUAUAGAAAUCUAA